UGCUGCUCCAAAGACUAAAGUUAUAGGAAACGGGAUUCCACCUAAACAUUAGAAAGAACUUCCCAGUGGUAAGACAGUGUUUUGGGGAUUGGACUGAAUGGCACUUGUGGCCUCUUCAAUUUCAUGAUUCUAGUAAAUAAGUCCAGGGUGGUACCAAAGGAAUACAUGAUGCAAUCAUUUUAGGCUGCUGCUAGUCUUCACAACAAUCAUGCAAGGGAGUUUCUUGACCAGUCAGCCUCAUAGCUGAGCUGUUUUCUGGGUUUAUUUAAAGAGUAUUCAGACUGUAAAUGUCAUGCAAGUAAAUACAUAGUUUCAUCACUGUUUUUUAGCUGGCAGCAGUCAUUGACAUGCUGGAAGGCGCUUUCUAUGGCUUGGACUUGCUCAAACUUCAUGCUGUGACAACAAAAUUGGUCGGUCGAGUAGAAAAAUUGGAAGAGGAAGUGUCUAGUAAUCUCACUAAGGAUAAUAAAAAGAAGAGGCAAAAUGCAGAGGAAAGUUUGCAAGAGAUGGAUGUUAAAGACAAGAUGAAUUCUUCCACCAGCAUCUCUAACAACCUUGCUGACAUCCAGAGUUCACUGCAGAGAGAUGCUGCUGCAGCCUACACCCUCCCUGAGGAAAAAUAUGAAGAAGUUUUCCUACAUGAUGAAUUGGCUUCACGGCAGAUAAUCUCAGCUGAGUCCUUGCACUACACCACCCCAGAUCAAAUGAAUAUAAAGUCCACUUUUUCAAAGAAAGUCGAUGUGAAGAGUCAAACUUCAUCCCACCCAACCAUCAUCCGAGGAGUCACUUACUAUAAGGCCAGAGAUGCUGAGACAGAAAAUGAACUUGAGGAACAAGAUGAGCCUUUCAGUGGUGAAACAAUUGACUUGCUGAUUGAGGACCAGCUUUUGCAACACAACUACUUGUCAGAUAGUCCCGAAAAGAAGCAGCCACCUGCGGAAGACCCCCUUAAACACCAGCGCCAUGAGCUCACGAAGGGACAAGUUGCAAGCAUCACACCAUUUGGAAAAGAUGCCCCUACAACUACUACCCCAGCAGCAGAGCCACCACUGUCCUCUGCCACCAUGACUCCCUCUGCUGAGCCAACACUAGCAUCUACCUCAUCAGUCUCCCUUACUGCCACCGGAAGCUUUUCAAUAUCAGUGGAGACCACAACAGCCACUGAAACCUCCUCAGUAAUUGGGCCAAAGGGUGGGGAUGCCACAGAGACAGUGAAAACAGUGACUCAAGCUUUCACACAGGGUCACACAGUGACAACAUCCCAAAACACACCUACCACAAGGACCCCAUUUGCCAGAGCAGCCACAACAAAUUUCCAAAAAGUGGGAACAGCUGAGCCUAGCACAGGGGCUACCAUGGCUAAAACUGUGACCUCUCCUACCCCUGCCUACCCCAGCCUCACAGCCACACCCAAGCAGGGCCUGGAUGAGGAGGAUAUAAGAAACAGCAUUGGCCAGUGCAAGGACACUUUGUCUACAAUCUCAGGGCCAGUGAUCCAGAACACCUAUGGACGGAAUGAAGGUGCUUGGAUGAAGGAUCCAGUUGCCAAGGAUGAGCGGAUCUAUGUCACCAACUAUUAUUAUGGCAACACCUUGGUGGAGUUUCGGAAUCUGGAUAACUUCAAACAAGGGCGAUGGAGUAACUCAUAUAAGUUGCCCUAUAGUUGGAUGGGGACCGGCCAUGCAGUCUUUAAUGGCUCUCUGUACUACAAUCGAGCCUUCACCCGCAACCUCAUCAAAUAUGACCUAAAGCAACGCUAUGUGGCUGCCUGGGCCAUGUUGCAUGACGUAGCAUAUGAAGAGGAGACACCUUGGCGGUGGCGUGGCCAUUCUGAUGUGGACUUUGCUGUGGAUGAGAAUGGCCUGUGGAUCAUUUACCCAGCCAUUAAUUAUGAAGAGUUCAGCCAGGAGGUGAUAGUCCUCAGCAAACUCAAUGCCAAUGAUCUGACAACUCGUAAAGAGACCACCUGGAGGACAGGUCUGCGCAAAAACUUUUACGGCAACUCUUUCGUCAUCUGUGGUGUUCUCUAUGCUGUUGACAGCUACAAUAAGAGGAAUGCCAAUAUCUCUUAUGCGUUUGACACGCAUACCAACACCCAGAUUGUCCCCCACCUACUAUUUGAAAAUGAAUAUUCCUAUACCACUCAAAUAGAUUAUAAUCCCAAAGAUCGGCUCCUUUAUGCCUGGGACAAUGGCCACCAGGUUACCUACAAUGUCAUCUUUGCUUACUGAGGACAGACAAUGGUAAUUUUAAUGAACCACUAGCACCUUUUUUAUAAAUAUUUUAAUUGUAAAAAUCAGAGUAAAUGUGGUUGUUAUUCUUUACCUUUAAAAAUGGAUUGUAGAUCAAUCCAUCUACUAAAGUCAACCCUUUUAUUUUGGGCAUAACUUGCUUUUGUUUUUUAUACUGAAUAUCCUGCCUUUCAUGAGACAAUGGAAAAUAUUUCUUCAUUAGCAGCUGCCAAGAGCAGACUCCGAAAUGAAUAAAACGAUCCCUUUGCCUUGUUGUUUUUAUAUAAGACUUAGUUUUGGAUGAAAUAAUCCUCCAAAGUUACAAUCUUUGUAAUAAAACAUCCAUGUUAAA